AGGGUCCUUCCUUUCCGUUUGGCGGCAGCCAGCAGGGGAGCCGAGAUGGGCGCGUACAAGUACAUCCAGCAGCUGUGGAGGAAGAAGCAGUCGGACGUGAUGCGCUUUCUGCUCAGGGUGCGCUGCUGGCAGUACCGCCAGCUCUGGGCGCUGCCCCGGGCUCCGCGCCCCACCCGGCCCGACAGGGCGCGUAGGCUGGGCUACAAGGCCAAACAAGGUUAUGUGGUAUGUCAGGUUCGCGUGCGCUGCGGUGGCCGCAAACGCCCGGUCCCGAAGGGCGCCACCUACGGCAAGCCCGUCCACCACGGCGUCAACCAGCUCAAGCUUGCCCGGAGCCUUCAGUCUGUUGCCGAGGAGCGAGCGGGAUGCCACUGUGGGGCCCUGAGGGUCCUGAAUUCUUACUGGGUGGGUGAAGAUUCUACGUACAAAUUUUUUGAGGUUAUCCUCAUUGAUCCCUUCCAUAAAGCUAUCAGAAGAAACCCUGACACCCAGUGGAUCACCAAACCAGUCCACAAGCACAGGGAGAUGCGGGGGCUGACAUCUGCAGGCAGGAAGAGCCGCGGCCUCGGCAAAGGCUACAAGUUCCACCACACGAUCGGUGGUUCUCGCCGCGCAGCCUGGAGAAGGCGCAAUACUCUCCAGCUCCACCGCUGCCGCUAA